AUGGCACUAUCGUCUACCCCCCCUGAUCUCAAAAAGUUUGUGGUCGAUGAAGGCCAUGGUGUGAAGGGUGUAUCCGAACUCAACCUCAAAAUUUUACCUGAGUUGUUCAUUCAACCAGUUGAAAGACGGCUCGAUAUGAGCAAAGUUCUGCAAGAUGAAUUGAUACAAGUAAUUGACAUAUCGGAUUCUGAAGACCCUCAGGUAAUAAAGUCGGUAUGUGACGCAGCCGAGAAAUUGGGAUUUUUUCAAAUUGUUAACCAUGGUGUGCCUCUAAGCAUAAUUGAGAGUGUUAAAGAGGCGACACAUAAGUUUUUCGGGUUGUCAAGCAAAGAGAAAAAGAAAUACUUGUCCCAGAAUACUCCUUCAAAAACUAUUAGAUACCUUACAAGUUUCAGUCCGGAAGUGGACAAAGCCUAUGAGUGGAAAGAUCAACUAAGUUGUUUCUAUGUUUCGGAUGAAGAAACCUUGAAAUUCUGGCCAUCUGUUUGCAAGCAUGAAGCACUUGAAUAUUUGAAGACAUGUGAUUCAGUAAUCAAGAAGCUAAUAAAAAUCCUAAUCACAGGAUUGGGCAUACCAAACCUCAACGACACGUAUGAAUCAUUAUUUAUGGGGUCAAAACGAAUAAACCUAAACUAUUAUCCUGUAUGUUCCAACCCAGAGCUCUCAAUUGGCGUUGGUGGUCAUUCAGAUGCUUCAACGUUGACUGUGCUUCUUCAAGACCAGAUAGGAGGACUUUAUGUUCGGAAACAAGAUAGUGACUGUUGGAUCCAUGUCCCUCCUGUUAAAGAAUCAUUGACAAUUAACAUUGGUGAUGCUUUCCAAAUCAUGAGCAAUGGUCGAUACAAGAGUGUAGAACAUAUAGUGGUUGCAAACGCGCAUGAAAACCGGAUUUCGGUUCCUAUCUUUGUGAACCCAAGGCCGAGUGAUGUAAUCGGCCCUUUGCCAGAAGUGAUGAAUAGUGGGGAAAAGGCUUUGUAUAAGCAAGUUCUAUACUCGGAUUAUGUGAAGCAUUUUCUCAGGAAAUCAACUGAUGGGAAGGGCACUAUUGAUUUUGCUAUGAUUUGA